AUGACAGGAGCUGGUUGUGCUGCUGCAGCUUGGAGCUCACACGAGUCACAGACUCAGUCCCAACUCAGAACACGGUCGGUAGACACGACUGCUUCAAGCCUUCAUGCUUCAGCAUGAUCUGACAGAUCUCUAGCUCUAUCGAGUAUCGUGCAUGCUAGCUAUGCGUGCACGUAACUAAGUUAGUUACUUUGUUGAAUGCUGCAGUGCUGUGGUAGUGCAGAGUAGUUUCUUUGGACCAAACAGGCUAACUCCAAACUGACCAAAUGCAAAGCCACCGAAAGUUUGGUAGGGUUGCAUUGCAGGGCGCGUAAGAGUGCUCCUUCCUCUUUUGGCUGCUCGCACAAGUCGUGUCGGCCGUGUAGAGUUACAGUAUCAGAUGAAGUCCUAGAGCCAUGUCUUCUUCUACCUCCAUCAAGAGCAAAGUGGGAGAUGCUUUUAACGGUGGUACGUUCGAGCAAUCAUCGUACGCAAUGAAUCCAACUGAGCUUCAGAAUGGAUCGGGGGAGAUCCCUAGUGGCAAUGAUAGCAGCACUGUGGAGUUGACAUCGAUAAGCCGUGUAGCUAGCGAUCCGAACGGCGAUGAGACACAGCUGAUUGCGUACGAGGAGAAGAUUGAAGAUGGAACGGCGAAGAGUGGAUUUGGCAUGGCAUCAUAUAACAUGAUCAACUCGAUCAUCGGUGCAGGAAUUAUUGGUCUGCCGUUCGCCAUAUCCCAAGCUGGGUUUAUCCUGGGCACCUUCUUGCUCUUCUUCAUGGCACUGGUUACCGACUACUCACUACGGCUGCUGGUGGAAACUGGCUUACUGAUCGGCGUCACCAGCUACCAGGGGACCAUGGACAAAAUGUUCGGCAAGGCUGGAUUUUUCUAUUUAUCUGCAUGCCAGUUUUUCUACCCUUUUUUCGCUAUGAUCGGCUACACCAUCAUUAUCGGUGAUACCAUCCCAAAGGUCUUGGAGCAAGCUGGUGCAGGCGGCGUUCUUAUUAAUGAAAUGUUCAUCAAGUUUGUUGUGACAGUUCUUGUUAUGUGGCCGCUAUCUUUAUACCGCGAUAUUGCCAAGCUCGGAAAGGUUUCAUUCCUGGCAAUCAUGUUCAUAAUUUUCCUGUGCCUGGUUGUCUUGAUCCGAAUCAACAACGGCAGUACGGCUACUUACGACGCGCCUCCGUUCCAGUUCUUCAACUACAACAUUGCCCAGUCGCUAUCCAUCAUGACCUUUGCCUACAUGUGUCACCACAAUACCUUCCUGAUCUACAGCUCCCUGGAGGCACCGUCGAUGCAGAAAUACGGCCGAGUCGUGCACGUCUCGGUGGCUGCUGCCGCCGUCGUGGCCUUCAUUCUGGCACUGGGCGGCUACAUCACCUUCCGCACCAGUAUCAGAGGUGACCUUCUGCAAAAUUACUGCAUCGGUGACACGCUGGUGAAUGUGGCGAGAGUGGGCUAUGCGUUCGUAGUGAUGUUCACCUUCCCCAUAGAAAUGUUUGUGUGCAGAGAGGUGUUGGCCAUUGGCUAUUCCUGGUACAACAGGAUUGGCUCCAAGGCAGAGUCGCUGCCCUUCCACGUCACCAGCACUCUUGCUGUGGGUGUAGUUAUCCUGGGGAUCGGCAUUCCUGUCAGCAAGCUGGAUGUGGUGCUGGAGUUCUCCGGAGCGCUCUUCGGUACACCGCUAGCCUUUGUGUUUCCUCCGGCCUGCUAUCUGCGUGCCACCAAGGGCCAGUCGUUCAACUUCAAACGCAUCAAGGCCUGCAUCUGCCUGAUCUUUGGCACGGUGUUGACCGUCCUGGGAACGGUGGUGGCCAUCAUCGAGGCGUCUAAGGGCGUGACGGAAGACAACCUGGACUGGCCGUACUGCGCCACCGAUGGCAACUACACGCUUGGUAAUGUCACCACCGGCAUGGCCAGCGCUCCGACAACGUUCACUGCAACGUCAGUGUAAGCCGUCCCGCGUACCGUGGACACCAGCGCACCCUGCAUGCAUGCUGUACUGGUGGCUAUGGGUGCUGCAGCAGCAUUUCAGCACGCCGUAGCUCUGCUGGCUCUGCAUAGGUAGCAAUGUUGAAAUGUGUUUGCCUGGUCGCAACGAGUGUCGGUGAGCAUCGGUCAGUGCGGACCAUGAGCAUAGCAUUCGGCAGCAUGUCCACCCAGCGAUGAACCAGUGAGUCUACUGGUAUUGUGUGUAGCGCCAUGACUGAAAGGGCUGCUGCUGCUCAUCUGUGUGCUGUGUAGCGCUCCGCUUAUCAUCACCCAAGCCCCGGCAUAUAGUUGCCACGGGUCUAAUGCUUAUAUCUUAGCAUUGUAUUAUAUUAAUUUUAUAUUUUUCCCAUGCUAGACUAGAGAGGGAGAGAGAGAGAGAGCGUGCCAGGCGCAUCCCCGGCUGUUCACGGUACGCACUUACGUUGAGACAGUCGUAUCGCUGCGACAAGCCUUGCCGGGUCACUUACGUGUGGGUGGUAUUGUGUUCAGCACCUCUACUAGGCUCAACUCUGUUACACAUGACACUGCUUGGAACAUGUACACAGUGCUAUUUUUUCCCCGGACCACUCACAGGCAUAUAUUGGCCUCCUCUAUGGCUAUGACUCUGUUUACAACCAUGAUUAUUUUUGGAUCUUGACAAAAUUCCCCCGGGAUGAAAUAUUUUCUGAACAAAAAUGAAUCGCAUCAUCA